UACAGUACAGGAUGUGGAGUCAGUCACGAACCCCUCAGUAGCUUCUCACUCCAGCAGCGAGGAAAGUCGCCUCAUUUCCAGGAUGGAAAUUCCAACCGUGCUCUUAUUGCUAGCGGUCCAGAACUGCCUCACCAGUGGAAAGAGGGACAACGAGGCCCUGAAACCUACAGAUACACAGGCCAGGUACCAGAAUCAGACUGAGAACACCAGGCUUCUGGAUAUCAACCACAGACAGAACAUUUCUACUAGAGACCUGACCUCUAGCUCAACUGCCAGCCAUGUUAAUGAUCUAGUGCCUGUGAAGGGUCUCAGCUUCUCCUGUGCUGUAGGAUACACUCAGAAAGGGACUGCAGAGUGUCAGGAUAUCAAUGAGUGUGAGCAGGGUGGCGAAGGACCUUGUGGCUACAACAGCAAUUGUACCAACACCCCAGGCUCCUUUGUGUGUAGCUGCUUUCGUGGUUAUCUGAUGAGUUCCACUGGUUGUCAGGAUAUAGAUGAGUGUGCAUUAGCUGCAGUAACUGGUCUACAGGCGUGUGGGCGAAAGGCGGUGUGUAAGAACAGCCUUGGUUCUUUCCAGUGCCACUGUCCUACUGGAUUUGUCCUUGGACUUGAUGGACACAACUGUGUUGAUGUUGAUGAGUGUACUUUUGAAGAGAGCUGCAGGAGGGAGCUUGGGAAUGUCUGCUUAAACACAGAGGGAAGCUAUAAAUGUGUGUGUCAACCUGGCUUCAGAGAAGACAAGGCAGCCUGCAUAGAUGUUGAUGAGUGUGUUGAGCUGGAAGGGGUGUGUACUAAUCAAGGGGAAUGUGAGAACACGUUUGGGAGCUAUAAGUGUGUGUGUUCACAUGGAUACCGUGGAAAUGGGACCCACUGCACAGACGUGAAUGAGUGUGUCUCAGGGCUUCAUAACUGCAAUGUGAACGCUCGCUGUGGAAAUGUGAUGGGCUCAUACUUCUGCCAGUGCCAUCAGGGCUACAGUGGAGAUGGUCACUCCUGCUCCGAUAUAGACGAGUGCGCUAUAAGAAAAGGCCUUUGUGAGCAUAACUGUGCCAACUUACCAGGAGGGUACAGCUGCCUAUGCAAUGCAGGAUACACACUGGCAGAUGAUCUACACAAUUGUACAGACGUAGAUGAGUGUGGGCGUGGCAAUGCGACAUGCGAGCAACUUUGCACCAACACACCAGGCUCCUUCCUCUGCUCCUGUCAUGCAGGAUAUCAGUUGCACAUCGAUAGACAAAGCUGUGUUGACAUCGAUGAAUGCAAACUGCAGAACGGGGGCUGUUCUCACAUCUGUACAAACACACCAGGAGGACAUGUAUGCCACUGCCCUCCUCCACUUCUGCUGGACCACCUCAACUCCACCUGCGUCAACAUCACUUCAUGCGCCUUGCGGAAUGGCGGCUGUGAUCAGUCAUGUUCUCUGGGAGCCGAGGGACGUGUUAAGUGUAGCUGCAGAGAGGGUUGGGAGCUGGCCACUGACCAAAGGACGUGUCUCGACAUUGAUGAGUGUGUGAUGUUUAAUGGGGGUUGUGAACAAGUGUGUGUGAAUCAGGCAGGCAGUUUUAACUGUACCUGCAAGCCUGGGUUCGAACUUCGCACAGAUGAUCCUACCAAAUGCCAACCGGUGUGUGAACCUACAUGCCAGAAUUACGGCGUGUGUGUUGCACCUAAUACUUGUGACUGCCCUCCUGGCUACCCAGGCCCUGGUUGCUCAGCUAUUUGCUCACCACCCUGUGCUCAUGGCGGUACCUGUAUGCGCUGGAACACAUGUCUGUGUCGUCCUGGCUGGACUGGAGAGGGUUGUCAUACAGCUGUGUGUGAGCUGCCGUGUGGGAACGGUGGUCAUUGUGUAGCUCCUAACGUCUGCCAGUGUCCUUCUGAUUAUACCGGCCUGCAGUGUCUCACUCCUCUCUGUACUCCUCCUUGUCUGAAUGGUGGGACGUGUGUGGAUGUCAACACCUGUAGCUGUGCAGGAGCCUGGCAGGGAGCUCGCUGUCAGAUAGAACCAGUGCUAUGUGUGAAGCCCUGUAACAACGGUGGAGAGUGUGUGGGACUCGACAGGUGUCGAUGCUCCACUGGCUUCACAGGAGAUUUCUGUGAAACAGCUGUGACUAUGCCCUGUGUGCCGCCCUGCCAGCAUGGUGGCACCUGCAGCCCUCAUAAUACUUGCAGCUGUCCAGCAGGAACCAGCGGCCUGCGGUGUGAGAAGUUGACUUGUCCAGUGGUGACUACAGUAGUCAGCAUGGCUCGAGCAGUGCGGAAAGGUUUUAAAGAAAGUUAUGUAGAUCGCUGUGGUCCUUUGGGGGUCCUGCUCUGCACCAAGUAUAGGAUAAACCAAGCACGCGUGUAUUUACAGGCAUACAAAGUGGGAUACAAGAUCCAGUGUCCGAGUAAAACAGGAAUAUGACCCACACAAUCCAAACUACACAUAGCACCACCGACUUACACACAAAUACACAUAUUUGAUGUACUGUAUUACAUUCCAACACUUUUAAUACGUCUUUAAACAUCUCUUCAGCACAUGGUUGGGCUAAGGAUUACUUUUUGGAUGAAGUUUCAAACAGUAAGUGUAUGUGUGUGUAUGAAGAUAUUAGAUGUAGACAAUCUAAGUCAUAAGGAGUUUGAUAAGUUGGGCAGCUUUUGGUCUUUACAACUACUGUCCUUCUUGCAUUACAUUAAAUAAGUUAUAAGCCAGGGAUCAACAAUUCGACUGGAAAUAAGGGCCAAAUUUUCACAGAAUAAAUACUUUUUGGUGUAAAAUGGAUACCAACAUUCAUUGGUAACAUUCAUUACUAUACAUUCUCACACCUCACAGUGAUUUAUUUUUUUCUUUCUGGAAACUCAGAUUAAUGUCUAUUUCACCCCUUCUACCUGCCAGGGCUGGUUUCUAACCUGGAUAUCACCUCGUACAUGUCACAAAUUGACAGUAAUAUAGUAUGUGCUACAAAUACCUUCAUGCCACAUCACUUCUUUUCAUUGUCUCUACUUGCCUAUGUAUGCAUGCCGGACUACAUGUAGAUUUUGGAGCUAAUCUGUGUAGCUUGUAACUAUGGACUCAGCUUUUCUCAGCAUAUUGAAAUCAGAAACUGCUUGCCUGCUACACAUGGCUCAUGAGCUUUUGGCUACCUGGAAUCCUGCCUGCUCAAAGUGGCUGCUGUAGCCACGCUAGUGGACUGGACUGGACGCUCAGAACUGGAACAUGGGUUUUCCGCCAUUCUCUCUGGCCUUGAAAAUAACCCAGCAAAUCGAUUCACUGCUCACCUCCUGCCCUCAGCUCACAGACCCACAGAUAACAAUUCCAGCUCAGUCAACUGUAUUAAGCUCAAAAUGACAUUGACUUGUGCUCAUCUGGCUAUUGUUUGAAUUUUAUGGAGUACGAGGACAGCCACAAGCUGUGUGCCAACUGCUCAAAGACUCCCUGUGCCGAAUGCAAACCCCAAUGCCAGCAUGGUCUCGGGCCGUGGUCCUCAGUUUCUCCGGAUCCAACCUAAUCAGGCCACUAGCUGCAAAUGUUUGGGUCCGGUGGCAGGCAUGAGCCCAAAAGCCCAAGAAAUGUUUCAAGGUUCUCUCUUAUUAUGUGGAUGGCUCGAAAUCAGACACAGCUUGGUAAUUUUAGGGCUAAAGCCACAUAUUAUGGCUCACAGCCUUCAGCAAAGCUCUCCUGAUAGCUCAGGGUCUGAGCCCCCUAUAACUACAUCCAAGAGACUCUUCCAUAAGGGAGAUGAACCAGCUGAGCUGCAUCGCUCAACUUCUGAAGAGUCGAUCGAUGCCAUGUUUUUGACAGCCUGAGAGAACGGAAAAACUCUCCGCCAAUCUGUUUGAAAACAUAGUGCCAAGUUUGGCUGGCACAUUCCACACUGCCAGAAGCAUGCAAAACAAAAUAAUGAAGUCUAUCCUGCAUACCUGGGUUGUUCUUUGGGUCUGCUGCCAAAGAAGCCUUAGAUAGGAGAAUUAAGGAUUUGGAUUGAUAUCAAAAGUCAAUAAAACAAAGUAGAUCGGCCACACAGCACCAAUAGGGUGCCAAUGGCUGAAUCAGUGCUUUGAUGCCCUCUGAAAUUUUAUAGGCCUUGCGAAAGGUUCUGGGAGUCCAGAACCUCUGAGUGUUUUGAGUACCUCUGAGAGGAGAACCAUGGUUCACCUCUGAAAACAUCACCCACUGAAUAGUACAAGGGUUUCCUUUUGGACAGCGGUACGAUCAAAAAGUAGACCCCACCCUAUCCUGGAGUGGUGCCGCAGAUCUGAUAACAAUUUGGCCAGGCACAGGUGGACCUCUUUGCCAACACCGAGUCAAUUUAUUGUCUCUUUUGUGCAGAUGAACAGGCCUCUGGGACAUUGCGCCUUGUUUCUGUAAUAAUAUCUGUAUACCAUGUUGAUAUUUCUGUAAAGCUGCUUUGAGACAAUGUCUAUUGUAAAAAGCGCUAUACAAAAAAUAAAAAAUUGAAUGAGUUUCCACCUCUUUUGCUGAUUCUGCUUAUGCUACAAAGAUUUCAGAAAUCGAACCAGAGGUGUUAGACACCACCCAUGGAAGUUAGUAGGGGUAACACCCGGUUAUCCAGUGUUCAUAGUAUGCUUUUUUUAUGCAAGUCUUUCUUAAAAAAAUCCAGAUAAAAAAAAUUCUGAAAUAUAUGAAAAAUAAUGAAAAGCUUUAUUACUUUAACUCCUUUGCUCUUUUACUCAUUCUGUCUGUUAUUAGAAAAAGUUAUUUUAUUGGAAUGUGGUGUUUUAUAUGUUUUGUUGGUUUUGGUUAAAAUGGUUUUAAAAUUUGUCAUUUUUACUCUACAAAGAUUCUUGAAUAAAUAAAAACAAAUCCAUUCCAAAAUUCUGCAUCUGAUUUAUGCUGGUUUUAAUGAUGCAAAGGUUGAAAGGAGCAACAUUUCUUUUUUUUAAAAAAAGAAAAAAAGAAGUGA